AUGUCGAAGAAGAAAGCUACGAUGACUCUCAAGGACUUCCAUGGCGGUUCGAUUCCUUCGGAUCUUCCUCUUCCUUCCGCUCCUGGUGUAAUCAUGAGGCAUUUGGAUCGUGCUGGUUUCGAUCGCCAAACAUCAUGGGUAAACCCUAUGGGAAGGUCUGAUCACCGGUUGCGACCUAAUUCAGCUGGGGCAGGAAGACCCUUUGGUGAUAAUCCGUUCCUCACACAUAGUGCACACAUUGGCCGGAAUUUUGAUGAGGAUGAAAGGAAGCCAAUAGAUGGGGUAUCUGGCCCACGUCGAACAGUGAGUGAUGAUAGUCUUCGUGCUCUGCCAAGUGGUGUGGAGCCGCGGUCAGAUUCUUCAGCCACUGGGAGAGUACCUGGCCGACCGGUUACAACUCCUGUGUCUCAGUUUUCAUGUGGUAACACUAGUUCUUAUGCGGCGAGGGUUAGUGAAGCAACUCAUGGAGGAGUUAAUGCUCAGACAUUCAGUGGUAAUGCUGUUUACGUGGGAAGUGAGGUGAGUCAUGUGGGAGUCAAUUAUCCAAAUGUGGGUGGUAAUAGCGGGCAAACUAUUGCUGGGUCAUAUUCAUAUGCUUGGGGACUGAGGAAGGAGGUGGAGCCAGCAUGGUCUGCUCCAGAUUCUGCAUCAAAAUUAGCACAUGCCAGUGCACUUGAUAAGGUCUCGUCGGGUAGGUGGCACACAAAGCAACCACUUCAUAGUCAUGCGGAUGCUGAGAUCAUUAAACCUUCUGAAACAGAGAGAGAAGCUAACGUCAAGGGAAAUAAUAUGUGCAAUAUGAAUACCUACAAUGUGAUGGAUGGGAGGGACUAUCAAGAUGUGACAUUGGCCAGACUUGCUGAGAGGAGUUUGACUUUUGAAGAUGGGACUCAGGGUGGUGGCAAGGAGGUAGCAACCUAUGAAAGGGUCAUAUCUCCUAUAUAUUCAGAGGCAAAAGAGAGGAACCCUCCAAUUUAUGCUGAUGGUGUUCAACAACCUCGUAGUGUUGUCAAAUUUGAUGGGCCGGAUUUGCAAUCACCAGUUCCUUCAGAAACAUCAGAGCGACCCAAGUUGAAGUUACUUCCGAGAUCCAAGCCAUUGGAGAAUAUGGAACCAUUUGUUGAUCAUAAGCUGGAAUACCAACAGCCAGUUGAUCCUGUUUUUGUGGAGAAUGAAAGUGGAUCCAGUGGAAAUACAAAUAUCAUAAAGCCUGGAUUAGGUGGCUUUGAGAGUGGGAAUCAGGAUGCAGAGCGCCCAAAAUUGAGUUUAAAGCCUCGGUCACAGCCUAUUGAACAAAUGGACCGAAAUGUUGUAACAGGAAGGAAAACAUUGUUUGGUGGUGCUCGCCCACGAGAGUUGGUUCUAAAAGAGCGUCGUAUUGAUGAUGAAUCUGUGAACGAUCAUGAGCUGGGUCAACCUUCCAACAGGGUUAGAAAAGAUAUUCCCAGGAAUGAAACAGUUCCCAUACAGAUGGCCACUCGUCACAAUGAAAUACCUGAGAAUACUUCACUUGAUCAUAGGAUUGGAAAGAAUCCUGAUAGGCGGGAUCACCGUGUAGAUGGUGAGAGAGUUGAUGUGCCGAGGAACUGGAGAAGCGAGAAUCGAAGGAACGGUAGGGAAAUCGAGAAUCAGCAGCACCAGCACCAGCACCAGCAUCCACAAGAGAGACCGCCCUCCCCAGAAACCUGGCGCAAGCCUGUUGAACAGCCAAAAUCAGCAUCCCUUGAUUCUCCUCGAUUGCGCUAUGGGAAAGCUGCUUCUGCAGUUGAGCUUGCACAGGCCUUCUCGAGAUCAAUAUCUGAUCCAAAGAUAGGUGAUCGAAUUUCUGGCCAGAGAGGCCCUCCAGCCGGGGAACAACUGCCUUUCUCUCGACUGCUGGGUCCAACAACAAGGCCUCAUAUAAAUGGUUACUGA